GGUUACUUCUUUUCCCCAUCUUCAAUGCCAGCAGAUGAUAUUGCUACCGUCAUUAAGGAUGCCAUUCGCCACCUACAUCAUAUAGGGCUGACAGUGCAGGCAGUAAUAUGUGACCAGGGAAGCCCUAAUGUGAAGGCUGUGCGGAAUCUUGGGGCUAGCCUGGACCCUCUGGGAGGUGAGGAGUCCCACUGUAUCCUGGUGGGGGUUCAGAGGGUUCCUGUGAUUUUUGAUGUCCCUCACCUUCUGAAAUCAAUCAGGAACAACCUGUUCAAACAUGCCCUACAGACACAAGGAAAAACGGUUCUUUGGAAGCACAUCAGCCAAUUCUAUGAGCUGGACAAGCUCCACACUAUUCGCAUGGCCCCGAAGCUUACUGAUAAGCACAUUCUGCUGCCAGCAUUUUCCAAGAUGCAUGUCAGUUUGGCUGCACAGGUGUUCAGCCACACUGUCUCUGCUGGCAUUUCUGCGAUGGUAACAUUGCAGAGACUGCCAGCAGAGGCAAAAGAUACAGCUGACUGUGUAGCCAAAUUAAAUCACCUUUUUGAUGUGCUAAAUUCCAGAUCAGUCAAGGAUUCUAACCCCUGGCGACGACCCCUAGGCUCCGGUAACCAGGGGCCCGUUUCAGAAAGCAGGUUCAACAAACUCUAAGUUAAAGCCUUAAAGGUUGGGUACGCGAUUUGCGAAACGCCAGCAGAUUUUGAAAAU